AUGGGGAAACCAGACACUUCAGAGGAGCAGGAGGACCAGGCCUCAUCAGAGACUGAGGAGAAGACAGAGGAGGGUGCUACAGGAAAGACAAAUAAGAGGAAAGUGAAAGGUCCUACAGCAAAGACAAAGAAGAUAAAGGAGGAGAAUCCUACUGCGCAGGCUGGGGAGGGUCCUACAGGCCUCCCUCAGCGGUCAUGGUGCCUGGUCCACCCUCAGGUGCCUCCUCUCUUCUGUCAGGACGAUAGGCAGUGCUUCUGUAUGGUCUGUGAUCUCUCUGUCCACAAAUCUCACACGAUGCUGAGUGAAGAGGAGGCAGAGAAGAGGCUAAGGCUCCUCUGCAAUCCAGAACCAGUGUGA